UUUUUAAGUGACCCUUUACCCAAUAUUUCCUCCAAGAUCACCGACGAAAUUCAAGAUCGACAUUUCGUCGAACAUCUUAUCUGCAUUCCAAUUCAUUCGAUUCUCAUCAAAAUCUUUCAUCAUAAGAUCUGACAAAAAUGAAAGUUUCUGAAAAAUUCAAGAUCUGGGGUUUGUUGAUCUGCUUGAUCUCUCAACUGGGUUAUGGAUAUUAUCUCCCUGGUAGUUACCCUCACAAAUACGUUGUAGGUGAUACAUUAUCUGUAAAAGUCAACUCUUUGACUUCAAUCGAAACCGAAAUCCCUUACAGUUACUAUAGUUUGCCCUUUUGUAAGCCUCAAGAGGGUGUUAAGGAUAGUGCUGAGAAUCUCGGUGAGCUUUUAAUGGGCGAUAGGAUCGAAAACUCACCGUAUAAGUUCAAGAUGCAUACGAAUGAAACCGAGAUCUUUCUUUGUCAAACGAAACCCUUGUCGAGCGAUGAGUUUAAGCUGUUAACGACUAGGAUAGACGAAAUGUAUCAAGUCAAUGUGAUUCUUGAUAAUUUGCCCGCCAUUCGGUAUACAAAAAGGGAUAAUUUUUUGGUGAGGUGGACCGGGUACCCUCUCGGGAUCAAGGUUCAAGAUACGUAUUACGUGUUUAAUCACUUGAAGUUCACGGUUUUAGUUCAUAAGUAUGAAGAAACGAAUGUCGCGAGUGUUAUGGGUACCGGUGAUGCAGCUGAAGUAAUCCCGACAGUUGACAAACCGGGAUCUGAUAUUCCCGGUUAUAUAGUUGUUGGAUUCGAGGUUCAACCGUGUAGUUUCCAGCAUAACUCGGAGUCGUUAAAGGAUUUGAAAAUGUACGGGAAAUACCCGUCGAAAAUCGCUUGUGAAACGAACACCGUGACGAUGGGUAUAAAAGAAAACCAGCCCGUGGCGUUCACUUACGAAGUUGAAUUCGUCGAAAGCGAUAUCAAAUGGCCGUCAAGAUGGGAUGCGUAUUUGAAAAUGGACGGAGCGAAAGUACACUGGUUUUCGAUCCUGAAUUCGUUGAUGGUCAUCACUUUCUUGGCGGGAAUCGUGUUGGUGAUUUUCUUGAGAACCGUAAGGCGGGAUCUGACUCAUUACGAAGAGUUAGACAAAGAAGCGCAAGCCCAAAUGAACGAAGAGUUAUCCGGCUGGAAGCUAGUCGUAAGUGACGUUUUUCGCGUUCCCGAUUGUCCCGCACUUUUAUGCGUUAUGGUUGGUGACGGGGUUCAGAUUCUCGGAAUGGCGGUUGUCACAAUUUUAUUCGCUGCACUCGGGUUCAUGUCUCCCGCUUCGCGCGGGACCCUCCUCACGGGUAUGUUGUUCUUUUACAUGAUUCUCGGAAUCGCGGCUGGUUACGUUGCCGUACGUAUGUGGCGAACGCUUUUUAGCGGCGAUCAUAAAGGAUGGGUGUCGGUUUGUUGGAAAGUUUCGUGCUUUUUUCCGGGUGUCUCGUUCUUGAUCCUUUUCGUGUUGAAUUUCCUCUUGUGGGGCUCUGGUAGCACCGGUGCAAUCCCGUUUUUUCUCUUCGUUGUCCUAAUUCUACUAUGGUUUUGCAUAUCCGUCCCGUUAACGCUCGUUGGCGGUUAUUUCGGAGCAAAGGCUCCGCAUAUCGAGUACCCGGUUCGAACCAAUCAGAUACCGCGUGAAAUCCCGCCUCAAAAGUACCCAUCUUGGUUGUUAGUUCUUGGUGCGGGUACACUUCCGUUCGGAACCCUUUUUAUCGAGCUUUUCUUCAUAAUGUCUAGCAUAUGGAUGGGCCGGGUCUACUACGUUUUCGGGUUUCUAUUCAUCGUGAUGAUCCUUUUGGUCGUAGUGUGUGCCGAGGUGUCGUUAGUCUUGACGUACAUGCAUCUUUGCGUCGAGGACUAUAAGUGGUGGUGGAAGUCGUUUUUCGCUUCGGGGUCUGUUGCGUUAUACAUUUUCUUGUACUCGAUUAACUAUCUUGUUUUCGACCUCAAGAGCUUAAGCGGGCCCGUUUCGGCUACACUUUAUUUGGGAUACUCGUUGUUCAUGGUUCUAGCGAUUAUGCUCGCAACUGGAACCGUCGGGUUUCUUUCGUCGUUCUGGUUCGUGCACUACUUGUUCUCUUCGGUGAAGCUUGAUUGAAACAUGAAAGAGGUUUAGAUGAAUUUGGAGGGAAAUGGGAAUAAGUUUGUAUGAGUUUUUGUUCUUGUUUUUAGAAAUGGAAUCAUAGUUAUGGAGUUUGUAAUUUUUAAAUUUCUUGUUAGUUUUGAUUGUAUGAAUUCAUGGGCAAUUGGGUUUUAUUUUACGUUGGUUUAUUAUUUUCAUACACUUUGAAUUUAAUUGAUGUUAGUAGAAUUAAUGAUUUUUAUA